UGGACAGAACUACUUUAGUCAGUUUGAUUUCGUGUCUUAUUCUCGUGUGUCCAGUGAACGUACACGGGAAACACCACCAUUCAGAUGACAAGCCUGAACACCAUUGGGAUUGGGAUAGUAAUAAAUACGACGAAUGUCCAACGUCUGACUACUGUAACUUUUUCUACAGUCAAUGUACCUCAGAUAAAGGGUAUGAAGUACGUUGUAAGCAGUGUUCGUUCUUCCAGACAUGUAUGAAGGAUGUUAACCGCAUUACCGAUCCUUGUGACGAUGUUUACAUAUGUAAAGAUGUAGAAACCUUCAAACAGGGUAUUGGAAGUCUUGUCAUCAUGGUUGUUGUCAGUGUAAUGGCGGCGGCCAUGUUUGUUGUUACUAGCUGUGUCUGUUACAAAUACAGAAUGCUGCAACAGAAACUGAAGAAAAGGAACAUGUCAACCAAGCAUAAUGCAAUCAGUGCAAUUUAUCCAGUGUCAGGCAAUGGUGCUCAUGUGACCAAUUCGUCAGGUGAUUUUUAUAGAAUUGCCAGUCCACCUCCACCAUACAGAAAACAUAGUGAUGCACCGCGGGACCAACAUUUCAACGCCAUCCCGAAACCAGACCAGUACAAGGCACCAAGGGUAGAUGUCACAAAGAAAUGAUUCACAGACGGACGAUGAACACUAUUGUAU